AUGUCACCAGAAGUCAGACCAUUGAUACAACAUCAAAACACAACACCAACACAUACACCACCAAAUAGUUUAAAGAGGAAGCAUGUCAGUCCAGUAAGACAAACACCAUCUGGAUCACAGAAUGCAGGUGGAAGUUCUGGAAACGAUCCCUUUCCUAUGUCGACAGGAAAGUUUCAGAAGAGGGUAUUGUAUCUCCUAACCGAUAUCAGGAAUUUGUUGGGAAGACAAAAUGAAAAAGCAGCAGAGCCGGACACAGCUCAACCACAGGAGCCAUUUGAACUGCUAAAGAGUGUUCAAGAGCUAAUAGAGUUUGAGGAGACAUUAAAAGACAAGUCAAACUAUGAUAGAUUGCUAUCCCAGUUAUCAAGAGUUGGUGGCUCAAAAAUUCGCGAAAAUGUGAAAAAUGUUCUGUUAAAGUGAGUCAAAGCAUAAGUACCCCUUAGAGAAUUUAAAAUGUACUAACCUUUGUUGUGUAGUUUACAGUGGUAGUGGAAAAUCACUUUGUUGUGCCCACAUGCUUCGUUUCAUCUUCUCCAUAAAAAAAUCGUGCACGAGGUCCAAGAAUUAUUUAAUUGAAUGAAUAGUUUACGGAAUGCGGCCCCGCAGCCUAAUGGACUCGCAACUAUAUAUUAAAUGCGCUUACGAUGUCGAUUGUUUUACUUUUAUUCCACUUUCAUUAUAGAAUCAUGAAUAAUGAAGUAAUGUCGGCAC